UGGAUGAUAAAAACGAAUGGCAGCCAAAAGAAAAAACAAAAUAGUCAAAAAUAAUCAGAGUUUUCAAUUGGAAUAAGUUCAAAAAUAUUUAGAAAAAUGACGAACAAAAAUAAGAAAACCAUCGCCGGCAUUGGAGGCCCUGCUGCCCCCUCGAAACAGUCCAAACAGAAGUCUGAGGACUCCCAGGACUACAGCUCUUUCAAGACAGUGCUCUUCUACUGCAUGCUGAUUGUGUUCCUGCCUGUGAUCACAUUCUUUCUGAUGAAGGCCGUCGUUUUGGAUGGCUUCUUCGAGAUGAGCGAGGUCAAAGUUAACAUUUUCUCGGCGGUCGGUGCCGUGGUGUCCUUACACAUUGCUCUAGGACUGUAUAUCUACCGUGCCUACUUUGGAGCCGCCAGCUCCAAGGCACCGAAGGAAGACUAAGCUUCUGGAGACUGUUUACCAUUUCCAUUUAUUCGCGUUCUGUUAUAGAAAGUAUUAGCUAAGUCAAACGAAACGAUACACUUUUGUACAUACACCCAAUGUUUAUAUGCCCGAGAGGGGGAGGGAAAGCUGUCUGUAAAUGUGUGUAAUCGUUUUCUAUUGCAUAACUCUCGAUAGCAGCGGGAAAAACGUGCAACCCACUUUGUUGUCUAGUGUUUUGUGUGAAUAAUUCUGCAUUAAAAAAGACAUUAAUAAGUGAAA